GUAUUGAUAGCCGUAUUGAGGUAAGGGGAAGUUCAUAUAUCUCCUUUUCCCUCUUUUGUUACGUUGUUCGACCGUGUCAUGUGAACAUCGUCAGAACUCCAGAGCGAGUAUCGGAAUUCAACAUGGCCACAAUGAUGAAUUCGCUCGCAGUACGCCACAUCCAGAAUAUGAGCGAGGCGGAUAAUCUGGAGCCUCACUGGGGAUAUGCUGAUCGAGUCGUGCCCUGUACUAAUGACCCGGGAUCUUGCGAAUAUCUCGACGUAGUAUACCAUUCUCACGAUCUAGGGAUGCUAUACACAGGCAUCUUCUGGGCGACAAUUGGAGGUAUCUUGUUUCUCUGGUACAUUGGUCGAAAGAUUUUCCAGUCUCCAACAUCCGGCCAAGACGGCGUGCUGUGGAAGUUGGAAGGGCAAAAUCAAGUCCGCCAAGGUGGUGUGGAAAAGCUGAGGUCGACUAUCGCCUCGUACAGCCGUCAGUUUCUUCUCCCUGAAAGCCUGCGAUUGGUCUUCGGCCGGGUCACUCGAUUGCAAGUCGUCAUCCUUGCCACCCUAGUAGGAUAUCUUACUAUUUGGUCCUUUGUGGGGAUCGUCUACAAGAAAUGGGUGACACCAGUGAAGAACAUGGAAGGUGUCUACAACACACGAUCAAGUCUGGGGCCUUGGUCAGAUCGAGUCGGCGUAUUGGCUUACGCUCUGACGCCUCUGUCCGUAUUGUUGUCGAGUCGAGAGUCUAUCUUGUCGCUCGUGACUGGCAUUCCUUAUCAACACUUCAACUUCCUUCAUCGAUGGCUCGGCUAUGUCAUCUUUGUUCAGUCCGCACUGCAUACGAUCGGCUGGUGCGUGAUUGAGAUUCGAUUAUACCAGCCCCAGCCCAUGGUUGCCAACAUGUGGAUCAAGCAGACAUAUAUGAUCUGGGGAGUCAUUGCCAUGUUCAUCCUGACCGUCCUGUUCAUUCUCAGCACGCCGUGGGCCAUUCGAAGGACGGGGUACGAGUUCUUCCGCAAAGCUCAUUACGUUCUAGCCAUGGUCUACAUUGGUGCAUGCUGGGGCCAUUGGGAGCAAUUGAAAUGCUUCUUGCUGCCUUCCCUUCUGCUCUGGUUUCUGGAUCGAGGAAUCCGACUUGUCAGAACUGGUUUAAUUCACUACCGGCAUCUGCCCGGCGGUCCUGUCGGCUUUCAAAGCUCAUCCGCCAAGAUAACCCACUAUCCUGACCCAGAAAAUGGUGAUGUGGUCCGUCUCGAUUUCGUCCAGGCCCAUGAUGCUUGGGAGAUAGGUCAACAUUUCUACCUGUGCUUUCCUGCUGUGAGUCUAUGGCAAUCGCACCCCUUUACGCCGUGCUGUCCUCCAGGCAACCGAGCCGAAGGACAAAAGCAUGCUUAUGUCCUGCGGGCCAAGAAAGGGGCGACCAAGGUUCUUGCAGAUAUUGCAGCGGUGCAGUGUGGAGAAGCAUCCGAUCCAAAGAAGUCUGAGAUCCUUUCCAAACCCACCACAUCUGUUAUUUUGUCAGGCCCAUAUGGGACCUCGACUGUCAGCCAUUUGUCACCUCAGACCAACAUUCUCUGCGUUGCAGGCGGCACCGGGGUUAGUUUUGUCUUGCCUGUGAUACUGAGUCUGGUCAAUCAACCAGCCAGUAACGGUAGGCAGGUGGGAUUGAUCUGGGCCGUGCGAAGAGACCAAGAUGUUGAAUGGAUCAGUGAGGAGCUCGACACAAUCAGGCGAGCACAAGGAUCACUGAACAUCAAGGUCAAAAUAUUCGUGACACGGGAAACCGGGGCAAGCAAUGGAAACGUGAGAAUGACGAGAAACGAAGAGAAAGGUCGGCCAGAUUUGAAAGAGGACCAGAUUGCAAUCUCCUCGUCGUCUUCAUCUGCUUCUGCAUCACAAGACUCAUCCUUUUCCAAGGCCAACCCCAGCUUGUUUUCCAUCCAUCACCCCCUGACGACAGCAGAAGGGAAUCCAGAGUCGCGUCACCCGGAUCUUAGUACGUUGGUUGGGGAAUUUGUCGAUUCAACUACUCAUGGUCCCGCCACCGUCUACGCCAGCGGGCCUGGCGGGAUGAUAUCGGACUUGCGGAGGAUUGUCGCGUCGCAAAACUCCGGCAGCAAGGUCUGGAGCGGCGACCAACGACAUGACGUAAAAUUAGUGUGUGAUGACCGGUUAGAAUGGUAGCUAAUGAUUGAAUGUCACAAAUACAUCUCCGUGUAUCCUCCUGAGUCAUGUGACACCCACUUGGACCGUGCCAAUGAUCGUGUCCCGCCGAUCCAAUCAAAACACGCAAUCUGUCCUGUGACGUCGUUGGUUGGCGUUCGACAUCCAUGCACCACCACAUUAUUACUCCCUAUGCUAUUGCUAUUUGGACAACGAUGGACGGACCACUAUUGCUUCUCCCUGCCUCUCCAUUAUCUCUUAAUAUGUACCAGUGGUGACAUAUCCCUUGGCCUUCACCUUCAAUAACGCAACCGACUGUCACAUCACCGAGCAUCCGAGUUUCAAGUCUCGAGACGAAUCCUUCGACGAUAGGCAACCGCAUUUUGGAGUAUAUAGAUAGGUAGGUAUCUAUCUAUCUAUCUAUCUAUCUGCCUCGCUGUA